AUGGGGACAUUUGUGCUGAAGGCCCGGUGCAAGGUGUUGAAGUCUGAGAAGAAUGAAGUAUGUAAUAGAAGGGUCCAUGGGCGAUUGGGUUUCAAGUGGGAAAAAGAAGGCAACCAUGGCGCUUUUCCUUCCACCACUUUCACGCACGUUCUCCUUUCUCCCCGGGGAGAGGGCGUGCCCAGCACCACGACCCGCCUUAUCUGUGCAUUCGUUGGUGGAUCCCGAGGCCUGUUACUGCCGAGUCCCGCCCAAACCACGCCCCCACGCAUUCCGCACGACCAGGAGAAGUCGUGGUCUUUGUGGCGCUGGACCUUCGAGACCGUCUCCUCUCGUAAGAAUCGGGACGCGCUCGAAGGCCGGCGCUGUGAGGAGGCCCGCGACCGCUGCUGGCGCACGCCGCGCCCCGCUGCCCCGGCACGCGGCCUCCGCGCGAGUUCGCGCACGCACGCGCGCGCACCUGCCCAAGCCUCGGCCUGGGCGGCGGGGACCCGCCUGGCGGAGGCUGGGCCGCUGAGGUACGAGGGGAGGAGUCCGAGCUGUGGCGCUGUUGUCGCUGCUGUCGCCGCCACUGCCGCCGCCCCCGAGAGGAGCAUGUCUGCAACUCGAGCCAAGAAAGUGAAGAUGGCCACCAAAUCGUGCCCCGGGUGCGACCAACAGGUUCCUGUUGCAUGUAAAUCUUGUCCCUGUGGUUAUAUAUUUAUUAAUAGGAAACUUCUAAAAGUAAAACACUCAGAGAAAUCAUCACCUUUUACAGAAGUGGACUGUACCAUAUCUUUGAAAGAUUUGCGAAUACUGUUUUUAUAUGAAUUUAAACUAGGACAUAGUGCAGCCACAGCAAGUAGAAACAUCAAUUCUGUCUUUGGAGAAGGCUCUGUUAGUGAAAGGACUAUCCGGUGGUGGUUUGAAAAAUUUCGUUCUGGGGAUCUGAGUCUGAAAAAUGAGCCUCGAGGGAGACCCAAAUCUGUUUUAAAUGAAGAUCAAUUGAGAGCCAUGGUGGAAGCUAACCCCAAAAUGGCAAUUCGAGGCCUUGCAGCAGACUUAGGAGUUUCUGCUACAACAAUUUCUCGACAUCUGGCUGCAAUAGGAAAGGUGAAAAAGUUGGACAAAUGGGUAGGUAUCACACCAACUGAUGGAUGAUCAUAUAUGGAGAUGAUUAGAGAUGUGCUCAUACCUUAGGAUUUGAAAGAGCAGAGACCUAUUCUGGAGAGGAUCGUAAGCUUUGACAAAAAAUGAAAGUGGUCUGGACAAUGGUUGGAUGUUGAUGAAGUUCCCAAACGUGUUAAAACUAUCACUGCAACCAAAAUGAAGGUUCUAGUAAUGAUGGUGGUCUGCAAAGAGAGUAUUUAUUACUUUUAGCCCAGGCAAAACUAACAGUAGCAUCUUAUUGUCAAGAAGUUGAAAUUAAUGUAUAAAAAUGGAUUUAAAAGCACUCUGCAUUGGUUAACAGACAUGGACCUAUACUUUUCCAUGACAACAUUUGGCCACUGAAAUUGCGGACCACCAUAGGGAAUAACUGAAUUGGGCCAAGAACUUUUGUCAUAUCCAUCACACUCACCUGACCUUUUUUCAACAGAUUACCACCUUUUUCAUCAUUUGGAAGUCUAAGAAACAGAACAUUCUCCAAAAGAGAACAGUAAUUGAAGGAUUUGAAUAAAUGUUAACAAUGCUGAAUUUUAUUAAUAUGUAAUUUAGUAUUUGGAAAAAUUUAUCAUUUUGGGAAAGCAGUUAUUGCUAGCAGCACAUAUUUUGGUUGAAUGACACUUUUCUUUUUCUGAAAAAUAUAACAUUUUCAUUUUUAUAUAAAGGCAGUUUCAUAUGGUUCAACCUAAUAUCUUCCCAGACCCUGGCAGAACAUGAAGACUGAAAGGUACCUAAUGUACUGGAAAACUACAAGCUACCCCUGAGUUUUGGGCUUCUUCAUUGGAGGAAUGUAGAACAACCCAGAGUGUAUAUAUGUUUGAAAGAUGCUUAGGAGUCAGCCAUGCAAAUAUCUGGUAUAAAGAAGGUUUUAGAGAGAUGAGCAGCCUCAACAGAAGCUUUCAGGCUCUGAGAAAAUAUUUUUUGAAUAAAGAAAUGAAAGCAUGUUUCUAACACCGAAAGCCAUGCACACAAUAGACAUGGCACAGUGGUGCUUUUGAGUGGUAGUACUUACUGUCACACAGAGCCAAUCCCUUUCAUAUGUUUUCCAUUCUUACUCUUUAUUUUUAAAAAAGUGUAAGUGGCCUGUCAGAGACCAUAAUUAAUGGGCUCUUUAUGAUUUUAUAGCUAGAUUGCAGUUACUCCUUGUGGCUUCCAGGGAUUAAGUUGGCAUAAAGAUAACAUGGUCCUCUUCCUGCCUUUCUCCCUCCUGACAACUUGCUGUGUCUAUCCUAUGAAGGAGAGUUAGGGAAUCCUAAAAGCUAAGAGGUGAGAGAAGGACAUCCUGGAAUGGAUCUUACUUGAAGAGACAGAAAGAGGGAAGAAGGGAGACAAUUGGAGGGAAAGAUGGAAUGGAAAUUACCUAAAGUAGAAUUGACUGUGAGCUAAAAGAUUAAAGACCAUGGGAUGCAUUACUAUAAAUUAAAAAUAAAGAUGUCCCUUUCUUUGGGUAACAGUCCUGCGCUAUGACAGAGGCUUUGUGAGCAGAGUGCCUUUCAGUUCUAAUUUACUCCCCUGGCUGGAUGCCCUGGUCUGGAGUCACCUGCUUAUUUUACUGCCCCAUCCUUGGAUUGUCAAGGAAUCUAUUUAGUGUUUUUGUGGACUCUUGCUUACUCUCAAGAGAGAAUGAAGCCUGAGAUUUAGCUCAGACUGAUAAGGUAACCAGGCUAAAACCAGAAGUAUGGGAAGGACUUUAUAUGAAAGGCAGCAAGUACAAGGGUGAGGUCAAAUGGUCACAGAGGGUUGCCCAAUGUGAAAGAAAGUGGUGUUGUAUAGUUACUUAGUCUGAGUAGUAGUUGCUUUAUGGCCAUUCAUCCUUUCCUCAAUUCUCAGACCCCUUGUCAGACUUCAGAGUUGGAUCCUAGACUUUUGUCUAAAACAGUUGGUGGAUAUCCUUGUUCAGCCCAAAUGAGUGGUUUGGGGAUGGGUAGGCAACCCAAAAAGAAGCAGUGAAAUAUGAUGACACAUGGAAAGGAGCAGUUAUAGAAUGUUCAGUUAUCCUAGCAAUCGUCCUUACCACCUCCAAGAAGGGGUGUAGACUUGAGAGGCAGAAAUGGGUCCUGGAUUGAGUUGUGCCUUUACUACUAUUAAUAUAUUUUGGUUAUGUGAGAUGGCAAGUACCCUUUUUGCUUAAACCGUUUUGGAGAGCUGGGCUAUUUUGGCAGAAGAAAGAUUCCUGACUGAUACUCUCCCCUGAGCCUUACUAAACUGUAAAAUGAAGUUCAUGAUACCACCUUGCAGGGGUUGGGGAUCAAGAGGGACAGUGUAAAGCACAGGCAUGGAGUAGAUGCCCAAUAAGUAGUAUUUAAUACUAUGAAAAGUAAAAGCAGAAGAAACAAAGUAAGGUGUGUGGGAUACCUCUUGAGGCCCCUCUGUGUCCACGGUAGCCAUUUGGGGUGAGUUCAGUGCUCACUGAGGCUGGUGCCUGGCUUGGACUGUCCAGAGGUACCCAGCUGUAGAAGAGGGACGACUUCUUCAGUCACUUUGAGCCUGUGGCUUUUCUGUAGUAAGUAGCAACUACAACUUUUUUUUUUUUUUUUAAGAUUAUUUUGAGAGAGAUGUGUGAGAGCACAAG